AUAGGCAUGCACCAAGACAAACACCCUGAAAGGAGGCCAGACUGACCAUUACCUGCCUCCCUUGGAACAUCCAAGCCCUUCCCACCCCACCCUCGGACCUCCUGUCUUGCUCCCAGACACAGGACUCCAAAGACAUCACGUGGCAGCGUGCGGCCCGCCUCCUGAUGACAUCACAGCGAUCGCGGCAGACGUGCUGAAGAAAGGAUGCUCUAGGAUGCUGUCCAGGUGGACGGCCACGCUGCAAGAUGCGGCACUGCAGGUGGACUUCUCUUCCAGGAGUAACUAGCAUGGUCAGUGAAGGAACCAUGAAUGCCUCUGGGAACCUAAUGGAUUUCCUUGAUGAGCCCUUCCCUGAUGUGGGGACUUAUGAGGACUUUCAUACCAUAGACUGGCUGAGGGAAAAGUCCAGGGACACUGACAGACACAGAAAGAUAACCAGCAAAAGCAAGGAGUCAAUCUGGGAAUUCAUCAAGAGCCUGUUGGAUGCAUGGUCUGGAUGGGUGGUGAUGCUACUCAUCGGGCUGCUGGCAGGUACCUUGGCUGGGGUCAUCGAUCUUGCUGUUGACUGGAUGACAGACCUGAAGGAGGGGGUCUGUCUGUCUGCCUUCUGGUACAGCCAUGAGCAAUGCUGCUGGACCUCCAAUGAAACCACAUUUGAGGACAGGGACAAGUGUCCCCUGUGGCAGAAAUGGUCAGAGCUUCUGCUCAGCCAGUCCGAGGGUGCCAGUGCUUACAUUCUGAAUUACUUAAUGUACAUUCUGUGGGCAUUGCUGUUUGCAUUUCUGGCUGUCUCCCUGGUACGUGUAUUUGCUCCAUAUGCCUGCGGCUCUGGCAUACCUGAGAUAAAGACUAUUUUGAGUGGAUUCAUCAUCAGAGGCUACUUGGGAAAAUGGACACUGCUAAUCAAGACUGUUACGUUGGUGCUGGUUGUGUCCUCUGGCCUGAGUCUUGGGAAAGAGGGGCCACUGGUGCAUGUGGCUUGUUGCUGUGGUAACUUCUUCAGCAGCCUUUUCUCCAAGUAUAGCAAGAAUGAGGGCAAGAGGCGUGAGGUGCUUUCAGCUGCAGCUGCUGCUGGUGUCUCUGUGGCCUUUGGUGCUCCCAUAGGAGGUGUGCUCUUCAGUCUGGAGGAGGUCAGUUACUACUUUCCCUUGAAAACCUUGUGGAGGUCAUUUUUCGCAGCCCUGGUGGCAGCCUUCACACUGCGCUCCAUCAACCCCUUUGGAAAUAGCCGCCUGGUCCUCUUUUAUGUGGAGUAUCAUACGCCCUGGUAUAUGGCUGAACUCUUCCCCUUCAUACUGCUUGGAGUCUUUGGGGGUUUGUGGGGAACCCUCUUCACACGCUGCAACAUUGCUUGGUGCAGGAGGCGUAAAACUACCAGGCUCGGGAAGUAUCCAGUGUUGGAGGUCAUUGUGGUGACAGCCAUCACUGCCAUCAUUGCCUAUCCCAAUCCGUAUACUCGCCAGAGCACCAGUGAGCUCAUUUCUGAGCUGUUUAAUGACUGUGGGGCUCUUGAGUCCUCCCAGCUCUGUGACUAUAUUAAUGACCCCAACAUGACUCGGCCUGUAGAUGACAUUCCAGACCGACCAGCUGGAGUUGGGGUUUACACAGCCAUGUGGCAGCUGGCCUUGGCCCUGAUCUUCAAAAUAGUCAUUACUAUAUUUACCUUUGGCAUGAAGAUUCCUUCAGGCCUCUUCAUCCCCAGCAUGGCUGUAGGAGCCAUGGCAGGCCGAAUGGUGGGAAUCGGUGUGGAGCAGCUGGCCUACCAUCACCAUGACUGGAUCAUCUUCAGGAACUGGUGCAGGCCUGGAGCGGACUGCGUCACACCAGGGCUUUAUGCGAUGGUGGGAGCUGCAGCUUGUCUAGGUGGUGUGACUAGGAUGACAGUGUCACUGGUGGUCAUCAUGUUUGAACUGACUGGAGGUCUGGAGUAUAUUGUGCCCCUCAUGGCAGCUGCUGUCACCAGCAAGUGGGUGGCUGAUGCCUUUGGGAAAGAAGGGAUUUACGAAGCCCACAUCCAUCUGAAUGGGUACCCAUUUCUGGAUGUGAAGGAUGAGUUCACCCACCGUACUCUGGCCACGGAUGUGAUGCGGCCACGGAGGGGAGAAGCACCACUGUCGGUGCUCACCCAGGACAGCAUGACCGUGGAGGACGUGGAGACGCUCAUCAAGGAGACAGACUACAACGGCUUUCCUGUGGUGGUCUCCAGAGACUCGGAGCGCCUCAUCGGCUUUGCCCAGAGGCGAGAGCUGAUCUUGGCUAUAAAGAAUGCCAGACAGAGACAAGAAGGCAUUGUGAGCAACUCCAUCAUGUACUUCACAGAGGAACCCCCUGAGUUGCCUGCCAAUAGCCCACAUCCACUGAAGCUGAGGCGCAUUCUGAACCUGAGCCCUUUCACUGUCACUGACCAUACCCCCAUGGAGACAGUCGUGGACAUCUUCCGGAAACUUGGGCUCCGGCAAUGCCUGGUGACACGAAGUGGGAGACUUCUUGGGAUCAUCACAAAAAAGGAUGUUCUGAGACACAUGGCCCAGAUGGCAAACCAGGACCCUGAAUCCAUCAUGUUUAAUUAGUAAUAAGGCGGCAAUAUUUUGAGAAGACCAAUAACUAUAUAAUUUUUAAAUAAAUAAUCAAAUGGUACAUUAUGAUCCCAGUGAAAGACCAUCUGCUGAGGGCAGCAUAAAUGAAAUACUUGUUUGAAAGAAGGGGGAGAAGGAUGAAAUUUUUUUAAAAAGGCAAAAGCAUAAAUUAGUAGGCAUUUUAUAACCUAACCACUUAUGAAUUCCAAGCUAUGUUUCUUAAUGCAUUUGCUAACUGCUUUGGGAGCAUGUGGAAGAUUGUAAGUGACAUGAAUUAUACAAGGACAAGAAACUUUGGUCCCUUCACUCAAGGUUGAUAUUUGUGAUUUUGGAGUAGUAUAUGUGAAACUUUGAGUCUAAAAGACAAAGAAGGAUGUCAGCAUGCCACUGCUAUAUAUUGGUUCCUAAAAUUUUGCUAUCAUGUUAAGGAAUUAUAGGGAGGAUAUUGUGCUUACUUUGUUGGAACAGAAAAGAAAAUUAAAUUUGGACACAGUGAGAGCUACAAGCAGACCCUGAUGGGUCUACUCAUAACCAUGUCAUUCCUUGCUUUUCUUCUCAAGCCCAUUGUCUUGCUUCUUUAUCAGUCUGAACCAGUACCAGUGGUGCCCACCAUAGUGAACAUGAAGAAACCGUUUUUCUACAGGAGACCAAUAACUUGAGACUUGACAGUGAACUUUUGGAACAUAUAGUGCUGUGUGGACCUUCCUCUCAUCUAAGGGGACACAUAUUUAUUUUGAGGGGACACCUGCCUCAUCACUGAUUUGCAACCUCAAAGCAUUGGCUUCAUUUAUUUAUAUGGUUACUUGUGUAUUUGAUACCUAGACUAGUCCAGCACCUGCCACGGAUUAUUGCCUGUGUGCUCCCAAAUUGCUGUAGCGUGGUUUUUUUUUCCAAGUAGCAUGUGCAAUACUAAAACACCCAGCUACCCAGUGUUUCUACUUAACUUUCUUCUCAGGUCUUUCAGCUAGAGCCAUGAUUAGAGUGAGGCAUAUGAGUUCUCAGUGGGAACUCCUCCAAAUGGAUUACAAGAGAAACAGUAAAUUGGUUCUAAAUCUCUUCCAUUCUCUUCUCUGUAGGAUAUAAAAUGUCCAGUUUUAAUGCCUAAGCAUGUACUUUCAUAAUAGCAAUCACAGCACAGGACAGAGUUACAUUUUAUAUAGCCAAUUGAAGCAUUGGGUACCUUUGUAUUAGAACUUAAUGAGACUUUUAUUCUUUUAGUCAGUACUUCUGUCUUUUCUGCAGGAAGGAAGUAGUGUUUUAGGUCCAUUGUGUGAUCUGUGUAAGAUUUAUGUCAUUUGCCAUUUCACUUCAUCUUUGCCUCUCACUUUUCCCUCCAUCAUCGUUUUAAUGUCAUUGGCUAUUGACACAUCAGGUACAUGUGCACUUGACUUUACGUAACAGAAAGUACAAUUGACAGUGAGUCUAAGUAAGGAAUCUGGGAGUUGGCCACUCCAGAACUGUCUCCAUACUAUUUCCAGAGACCCUAAUUCUUCUGGUAUUUCAUUUUCAGUUUCUUUUUUUUUUUCUGUCCUUUGGCUUAUUGUAAAACUGUUGCCCAGAUGCCAGGUGUGAUGUACACUUUCUGUGUGGGAAGAGAGAAGAGGCAAGUGACAAGGUGAAAUGUGUGUUUCUUGGAAAGAUAAGCUUUCCCAGAGAUGUUGUGCAUAAAACCAUUGUCUGGAAUUCUGUCACAUGUCCUGUCCUCCUUGAUAUAUAUGAGCCAGGAAGGAAAAAUUCUAGCUAGAUACAUUACUUUCUGAAUGACAUUUCGAUUCUCUUAAUAGGGGAGGAGGAUUAGCUUUGGGGAGGGGAAUAUAUCUGUCAUAUUAAAUUCCAUCAUCAUGUCCCUACUAUUGUAUUUUGUGUCAUUUUUCACUCUCACAUCCUUGACAAUCCUUCCAAACAUCCCUCCAAACAUUCUUAUAACAUGUUGUGCAUCUUACCCAUUCUUUCACAUUUGAGACAAGAACUAGUUCCUAAGCUGAGUCCAUUGCUCAGGCCUAAUAGGAAUUUUAAUUUUGAAUAAAGUCUUAGUGUCAAAUGGGUUCUGUGAAUCUUCUUACUGUUACAAGUAAUAUAUAGUCUGAAAAGCAAACAUUUUAAGUCAGAUCAUGCUGACAUCUGUGGAAUACUAUUUGUGUCUGUUACUUAUUGUCUUCUUCUGAAAUAACACUAAGUAGGCACAUCAGUGUGACAAUAUUCAGGUAAUAGUAGAGAUUUUAUGCCUUGGUUUGAGAAUGAAGUUCAUUGUCUCAUUCACAGCAUGUAAAAAGUAAGUAGUAGAUCCUAAUAUUAGGGUUGUUAUUAAGUUUUGCAUGGAACAUUUAUAGAUGAAGCAGAAUUCUCCUGAACUGUAAA